AUGGAAGAAAUAAUGUACAAUCAAAGCAGGAGCAUCUCCGAAGGUAUUCCUAACAGCACCAGGCCGCACUUUGCAGAUUUUGAUUCGUGUCAAACCUCUUCACCUGUGGUAUUCUUGCUGAUUAUAGUCUACAGUGCGGUGACUAUAGUGGGCCUUUUUGGUAACCUGUGCCUCAUCUUCAUCAUCAAAAGACAGAAAGAGAAUCACAACGUCACCAAUAUCCUGAUCGCAAAUCUCUCUGUCUCUGACGUUCUGGUCUGUGUCGUGUGCAUUCCUUUUACUAUCGUGUACACAUUGAUGGAUCACUGGAUAUUUGGAGAAACAAUGUGCAAAGCAACCUCCUUUACCCAGUGCGUGUCUGUCACUGUGUCCAUAUUUUCCUUGGUUCUGAUUGCCAUCGAAAGGCACCAAUUAAUCGUGAAUCCACGUGGCUGGAAGCCCAGUGUCUCACACGCGUGUUGGGGAAUCGUUUUGAUCUGGUUCACCUCCUUAAUCAUCUCCUUUCCCUUCGUUGUGUUCCACGUCCUGACAGAUGAAACGCUUAAAAAUGUCUCUUCACACAGUGAAUUCUACAAGGACAAAUUUGUGUGCAUCGAGGUCUGGCCCUCAGAGACAGAGAGAUUAGUUUUUACAACAUGCUUGCUGGUAUUUCAGUACUUUGGGCCACUCUGCUUCAUAUUUGUCUGCUACCUGAAAAUAUCCGUGUGCCUCAAGAAAAGAAACGGCAUGGCAGAUAAAAUGAGAGAAAACGAGAGUAGAGCAAAUGAGAGCAAGAGAAUCAAUACGAUGCUGAUCUCAAUUGUGGUGGCUUUCGCAAUCUGUUGGUUGCCUCUGAACAUCUUCAAUGUGGUCUUUGACUGGAAUCAUGAAGCUUUGAUGAACUGUCACUACAAUCUGGUGUUCAGUCUGUGCCACCUAUUAGCAGUCGUGUCAACCUGUAUUAAUCCAAUCUUCUAUGGGUUUCUCAACAAGAAUUUCCAAAAGGACUUAAAUAUGCUAAUCCAUUGCAAAUGCCAAUCUGCCCAGGAAGAGUAUGAGAAUAUUGGACUGUCAACCAUGCACACAGACGUGUCGAAAUGCUCUCUGAAAUUAAACAAUUCCUCUCAAAAUGUCUAAGAUCACUUUUAAGGUUGUCGUAUUCCAAAUGCUCAGUAAUUCACUGACAGACGCUGUUU